AUGGCGAAUCAGUUGGGAAAUCUGGUGGAAUCGAUAAAGUCAAAGGUUCGGUCAACACUGAAGAUGAAGAAGGGAAAGAAACCAUACAUAAAGAUCGACAAGAGUGCAAGCGUGAAGGUGGAGAUUCGAAGCAGAAAAGCUCGUAAGAUUAUUGAGAAGACGUUGAAAGCCGCUGAUAAUCCCGGCAAGCAUAACCUCACUGUAUAA